AUGGAUCAGACUAUGGAUAUCGCCGAUCCACCUUUGCCUUAUACAGGAAUUAGAGCAACUGUCUCCCAUAGACGGCCAGGGAGAGCAGCACUGCAACGGUCGCGUGCUAAAUGUAAGGAACGCCGAAAGACACGCGUUCUGGCAGUAGUUGCAGAAGCGACUGCUUCGCAAAUAGACGAACGACCAAAAGACCAUUUGAACUCAUCAGCGAGCACGAUUCCAUACAAAAACAUGGAUCAGACUGUAGAUAUUGCCGAUACACCUACGACUCAUACAGGAAUCAGAACAACUGUCUCCCAUAGACGGCCAGGGAGAGCAGCACUGCAACGGUCGCGUGCUAAAUGUAAGGAACGCCGAAAGACACGCCUUCUGGCAGUAGUUGCAGAAGCGACUGCUUUGCAAAUAGACGAACGACCAAAAGACCAGCAAGAGCAGCAGAAGCAGCAGGAGCAGGAGCAGCAUCAGCAGCCUCCUGGACAGCAGAAUCUUGCAGAUAAGAAAAAACAACUGCAGAAGCUGCAACAAGAGAUGCGGAAGUUGCAGGAAGAAAUAAAGACCCUGCAAAAUAAUGACGGAAGCAGAGGCAGGGGCAGCGGCUGGAACAGAGGCUGGGGCAGAGGAAGAGGCAGAGGGAGAGGCAGGGAUCAAAGUGUACAAUGA